UAAAGAUAUGUCGUUCUCGAGGAAGUAUUUUAAGAGGGUCCCAAUUUAUGUGGUAGAACCGCACGACGAGGUUUUACCAUUUAUAUAUCGUUGUCUGGGAUCCAAGCAUCUUCCGUUCGAAGGAAAUACGUUUAUACAUUUGGAUUCUCAUCCUGACAUGCUUAUACCGAAAGCGAUGCCGGCAGACACAGUGUGGGAUAAAGAUCAAUUAUUCAGCGAAAUUAGCAUUGAGAAUUGGAUAUUACCUGCUGCGUACGCUGGUCACUUGAGGCACUUGAUCUGGGUCAAACCACCGUGGGCUAAUCAGAUGGCUGAUGGCAUGUCGACUUUCCUCAUCGGCAAGCAUAAGGACACCGGUUUAAUAAGGCUCACGUGCCCUGAACCCUAUUUCGUCAGCGAAGGCCUGUUCGCCACGGCGGAGGAGCUGGAGAACACGCGCGAGGUAACCCUACACGUGAUGACCAUCGGCGGCUUCAUCGAGGAUCCGGGGAAGAGAGAUGAUUUUACAGCAGUCAGUUCUGCCUUGCGGCAUUAUCUACCAGAACGGGACACCCCCUACAUUCUAGACGUCGAUUUGGAUUUCUUCAGCACCAAGAAUCCUUUCAAAACACUCCACGAUGAAGUAAAUUUAUACGACAAACUUGCACCCUUGUAUGCCUUCCAACGACCCGACUCAACCGAUCCUGAGAUCCUGAAAGAGGCGACCUCCGCACGGAACGAGCAGCUCACCGAGUUGGAAAACCUCUUCGGCCAUUUGGAGGAACACCGUAGCCUGCUGGGUUACGAGGGCGAGAAGUCGGCGCGAUACGAGGCAGUGCAGCUAAUAUAUCAUGAGGUGACAAGCGCUUACAGACAGUCAGAGAUCGACUGGAAAAUAAUCCAUGAUGCAGGAUGUACCAGAGACGACACUGACUUGCCCGAUCACGUCACUUCACGUACCGAUCUCGACCGUUUGAUCAGUGGAACAUUCAGAUCAUUCCUGGCUGCGCUGCCCAGCGUACCAACUAUUGUAACGAUUGCAAGAUCCAGCGAGGACGAAUACUGUCCUCCAGAAGAUGUUGACCAAAUACAGGUCGGCGUACUCGAGGAACUUCGUCAGCGUUUAGGAGAUAUAGACAUCCGUAUGGCAUACCAGGAAGAGGAAACAUUCUAAUUCCAAACGCUGAAAAUUAAAUAUACCCUUCCUUUUUCAUAAUAAAAUAUA